AGAACUUGUACGUCUGCGGUUUAAAUAUUGAACUUCUAGAAAAUUCCUUUCAAACAAAGCCUUAUCUUCUCCCCCUUGUGCUCUACCAUUUCCACAUUCGCCCACUUUACGAGUGAGCUCUCAGGUCUUUUGUGGAGCAUGGCUGCUACGUUUACCUCAGUGUGUUCAAUUUCUUCCACAAGCCAGACAGUUGAGAAAAAGAUAAUCAAUUCUUCUGAAACGUUAUCUUCAUUCUCUGGGAUAUCUUUGACUUCAUUAGGGGGCAGGAGAAAAAAUAAUGGUUUAAAGAAGAGAAAUGAUUCCAAGAUCCAGGCUAUGGCCAAGGAGUUACACUUCAAUCAGGAUGGUUCUGCCAUUAAGAAGCUCCAAGCAGGUGUUAACAAGCUUGCAGAUCUAGUAGGUGUAACUCUUGGUCCAAAAGGAAGAAAUGUAGUUCUUGAGAGCAAAUAUGGCUCUCCGAAAAUUGUAAAUGAUGGUGUUACUGUGGCCAGAGAGGUUGAACUAGAAGACCCUGUUGAGAAUAUUGGUGCAAGUUUGGUGAGACAAGCUGCUUCAAAGACGAAUGACUUGGCUGGGGAUGGAACAACUACAUCCGUUGUUUUGGCACAGGGGCUCAUAACGGAGGGUGUUAAGGUUGUUGCAGCUGGUGCAAACCCUAUUCAGAUUGCCAGGGGCAUUGACAGGACCACCAAAGCCCUGGUUUCUGAGCUAAAGAAAUUGUCAAAAGAGGUCGAGGACAGUGAACUAGCAGAUGUAGCUGCGGUUAGUGCAGGAAACAACUAUGAAGUAGGAAAUAUGAUAGCAGAAGCCUUGAGUAAAGUGGGUAGGAAAGGUGUAGUAACUCUUGAGGAAGGGCGGGGUUCUGAGAACAACUUAUUUGUUGUGGAAGGCAUGCAAUUUGACCGUGGCUAUAUCUCUCCAUACUUUGUUACGGACAAUGAGAAGAUGGUAGCUGAAUAUGAAAACUGCAAGCUGCUUCUGGUAGACAAAAAGAUAACAAAUGCAAGGGAUUUAGUCAAUGUUUUGGAAGAAGCAAUCAAGAAUGGAUACCCAAUAUUGGUAAUCGCUGAAGACAUAGAACAAGAAGCUCUAGCCACACUGGUUGUCAACAAAUUAAGAGGAGCAUUGAAAAUUGCUGCUCUCAAAGCUCCUGGUUUUGGAGAUCGAAAAAGCCAAUAUCUUGAUGACAUUGCUAUCCUUACUGGAGGUACUGUCAUUCGAGAGGAGGUUGGUUUAUACCUAGACCAGGCUGGAAGUGAGGUCUUAGGAAAUGCUGCCAAGGUUGUUUUAUCAAAGGAUUCAACGACAAUUGUUGGUGAUGGUAGUACACAGGAUGCAGUGAGCAAAAGAGUUGCACAAAUUAAAAGACUGCUUGAGGAAGCUGAACAAGACUACGAGAAGGAAAAAUUGAAUGAGCGAAUUGCAAAACUCUCUGGGGGUGUUGCCGUUAUUCAGGUUGGUGCACAAACUGAAACAGAACUCAAAGAAAAGAAAUUGAGAGUAGAGGAUGCACUCAAUGCGACAAAGGCAGCUGUUGAAGAAGGCAUUGUAGUUGGCGGUGGAUGCACCUUAUUGCGGCUUGCUGCCAAAGUUGAAGGCGUCAAAGGAACUCUUGAUAAUGAUGAACAAAAGAUUGGGGCUGAUAUUGUCAAGAGAGCUUUGCGCUACCCUAUGAAGUUAAUAGCCAAGAAUGCUGGUGUUAAUGGAAGUGUUGUGAUUGAGAAGGUCUUGUCCAAUGACAACCCAAACUAUGGUUAUAACGCGGCCACCGGAAACUAUGAAGAUUUAAUGGCUGCUGGUAUAAUUGAUCCUACAAAAGUGGUAAGAUGUUGCUUGGAGCAUGCAGCUUCAGUUGCAAGGACCUUUUUGACAUCAGAUGCUGUCGUCACUGAGAUCAAGGUGCCUGAACCUGCAGUUGCUGGGAACCCGAUGGACAAUUCAGGCUAUGGAGCCUAGAUCGUUUAAGAAUGGAUUGAGGACAUGCUGAGAACUGGUAUGCUGAAGCGCAAUGCCGGUAAAUUACGAAUAAUAUGAAUUAAUUAGCAACAUAGAGUCAACUAGUUGAUAAGUUCACGUUUACGAAUAGCCAGUGUUUCUCUUGUUGUUCCAAGUUGAAAUUUUAUGAGCAUAGGCUUUGCAUGACUGAGCCCAAAUGGUGUAGUUCGCAUUUUUGCAGUGAUAGAAAUGGUAAAAUUAAAGUAACAAUAUUGUUCAAA